GUGGGCGACGGCCUCCUGUGGACGCUCUGGCCGCCCCGCCCCCUGCGCUCUAUGGCCUUUCCUCAGAGCGAAACGGGAACGGCUUCGGCGCCGGCUGGGCCCGUCGCCGAGCGGAGCGAGCAGGACCAAAGGAAUGUGAAGAUGAGUACUGUAGCUAUGUACCAGCCUUCCCGUGGGGACAAGAACAUGUAUUACAUCCUGACUGCAAACCACCCUUAUGGCAGCAAAUUUUUUCCUGCAGGGAGUAUGUGUUACCUGAACGAACAGAGUUACUUGCGGUCCAUUAGAUUGUCACCCACUCGCUUCUUGAGGGUUGUCAUGGAGCAAGAUGGAUCCGUGGUCACUGUGGAUGCUGAAAUUCUGCAGCCUUUGCCUGACAAGAUGGCUGAUUAUCUUUCAGCCAUCAGCAACAUUCAUGAACGGUUGAACUGUUUUCUGAACAGGCAUGUCCUGGAUGUAGCCAUGAAUGCCAAACAGGGACAGCAAGUCUUUGUGGAACUAGACCAUCAGACUUUCUCUGGUACCAUCUGCUACAUUGGGAAGGUUCAUAGGAGCCCUUUACCAUCUGGGCUCUGCCCGGUUUACUUUGGUGUAGAGCUGCAGGGUGACGGUGAAGGCAAAGGCCACUGUGAUGGUACCUACAAUGGGACAGAAUACUUCAAGUGUAAAAAGGACUGUGGCCUUUUCCUCCCAUGUAACAAACUGCAGUUUGUAUCAGCACCAGAGAAGGGCAUGGCGAAGCAAGAGGCAAAUCCAGACGCAGUUGGGGCAUCUCCAGUGAAAGUGGGGGAUACAAUCGGCUUCUAUUUGGAUGAUGCCUUCAUGCGAGGAAUAGCAAUGGAUGUAUUCAAGGAAGAAAACACCUGGAUGGUUAAAGUGUGUCCGGAGGAAGAAGGAUCAGAAGAUGUUUUCCGCGUUAUCCCCAUGGACUCUGUGGUUAAAGAGGAGCUGCUUUCCCCAGGCUUUGAAGUGGAUGCUGAUGCUGGGCUCCAGGACCAGCCUAAGCGCAAGAGAAGUGAGAGUGCAGAGGAUCUGGAAAGCAAGUCACCCGCCCUUGAUGUGAACUCAGUGGUACGGAUCAACUUGGACAAGGGGAACUCAGUCACGGGAACAAUCUGUUGGAUUGGCUGCCUGCCUGAAAAUCGGCAGAAAAUGGCUGGAGUUGAGCUGGAUGAAGAUAAGGGCGUUUCUGAUGGCGAGCUGCAGGGGGUGCGCUACUUCACUUGCCCCCCAAAGCGUGGCCUCUUUGUGAGGCUGGAGUCGUGCCAGCCGGACAUGCGCUUCCAGUCCAUCAGCCACACUUCCCCGGAGUCCACAGAGUUCAGUGGACUGGAUGCUCCUGCUGUCCUAAGCAACUCGCCCCCUCUCAGAGAUGAUGUGGCCGUGAAUGUCCUGGAAGGGCGGAUGAAGGGGAUCCAGGGCCACUGCAAUUCUUGCUACAUGGAUGCUGCACUUUUCAGCCUCUUCUCCUGCACCUCUGUGUUGGAUUCCAUGCUCUUCAAACCCUCCCUCCCACCUGAUGGGCACGUUCAGAACAUCCUCCGGGACAAGAUAGUCAACCCUCUCAGGCAGAAAGGAUUUGUUGCUGCUAGCAAUGUGAUGGACCUUCGACACCAGUUGACUGAGAAGGGAGAAUGUUCCAGCUUUGCCACUUCUGAGAAAGACCCUGAGGAGUUUCUUAAUCUCAUCAUGCAUCACAUCCUUGGGAUAGAGCCGCUUCUGAAGCUGCAGUCUGGAAGGCUCAAGGAGCAGGAGUGCUACUGCUACCAGAUAUUCAUGGACAAGCAGGAGGACUUGGUGGUGCCCAACGUGCAGCAGCUGGUAGAGCAUUCCUUUCUCUCAUCUGAUCUCAAGCUGGUGGAGAUUCCCUCCUGCUUUAUCCUCCAAAUGCCCCGUUUUGGGAAGGAAUACAAAAUGUUCAGCAAAAUCAUCCCCUCCUUGGAGCUGGACAUUACUGACCUGCUGCUGGAUAGUCCCAGGGAGUGUUUUGUGUGCGGAGCUGUGGCCACUCAGGAAUGCUCGGCGUGCUUCAAAGACAAGAUGUUUGCAGACACCGGAUUGAAGCAGUAUUGCGAUUCUUGCUGCACUCAGGCUCACUCUCAUUACCAGCGCAAAGCCCAUCAGCUGACAAAACUGCACAUCCCCGAGGAGUUCUGCAGGGGCAGCCGCCUGGGCAGCUUCCGGGUGCCUCGGGAGAAACUGGAGCUCUUUGCUGUUCUCUGCAUUGAAACCAGUCACUAUGUCUCCUUUGUGAAAUAUGGACCAGAGAAGGAGAAUUGGAUGUUUUUUGACAGCAUGGCAGAUAGGCAUGGUGAUGAGGACGGCUUCAACAUUCCCACUGUGACUCUGUGCCCAGAGGUUGCCAAGUACCUGGAGAUGCCCGUAGCCACCCUGGCCAUGCAGCAGCCCCGGGAUAUGGAAGGAGUAGCUAAGCGCCUCUUCUGUGAUGCUUACAUGUACAUGUACCAAAGCAAGAAAAUGGCACUCUAUAAGUGAGCAGUGGGUUGCUUCUUGCAGUGGAACAGAGAGGAAGGGGCUCUGAUGCUCUUCCACUGCGCUGUCUCUCACGCUGUUUACAGAAUCGCCUCUGGAGAAUGGAACGAGUGAAACUACUUUGCCUAGGGCAGGUGAUUCAAACCUGCGAAUCUGGACUUGUCAGAAAUGUGGGACUAGUAUUGGUGGAGCAACCUCCCCUCUCAGUUCCCAUACUCCUUUUGGUAAGGGCUACAACUCAGGAAAACGCAGAAGCUCAAGGCUGGGCUUGCACAAAGACAUUCUGGUCUGUGCACCAGGAAGUGGCCUGUCUCAGGGUUUCACCUCAUCUGGGUUCCAAAAAUCCAGUACUCUUAUUCUGAUCAUUCCUUCCCCUUGGUGGGAGAGGUGGGAAUUGAAUGUCUCAGACUAAAAGCUCUUCCUGCAGUAAGUUCUGGGUUUGACCUGGAAUCCCUAGGGAAUAGCAGACUGCCCCCCUCUGCACACUUGGUUGUUGGUGUGGUCCUUUGCCAUCUGUGGCAGCCCUGUGCGCUUGACUUGCACUUUUAAAUUUGUGUAAUUUGUUUUAGAUGGUAAUUGAAGCUUCAAACUGAAGCAUCUCGAUGUUGACGUGUCUCAGGCAGGACAAGCACUUUGGAUAAAUACCUUUGGUUUUGGGAGAAAAUGGCCCAAGUGUGUGGAGAUGGCUCUCACACCUUCUGCUUUUUCAGCCUUUACAACUUUCACAAGGAAGUGUGGCUGCCAGGGCUGUGGACUAUAUACAACCAUCCAGAACGGCAGGUGCCCAGGCAGUCUGGUGACUCCUGGGGAAUGGCCUGGCCUGCCUUACUGUGAAUUCAACAGCACUGUUAUUAAGUCUCCUGCACGAGCCGUCCUUGUAGAGCAGUGCAGAGCUAACAGAGUAAGUGGUUAAAUUUUUGUUCCUCCUGUUCAAGGACUCCUGCUUCCUUAUGCAAACUGGCCUUUGUUGGCCAGAUUUCCUGUGAUGGUUCCUAGAAACACGAUCCUUUGGACUUCCUCUUCCCCCUCUCAAAUUCCAUGAUGGUAUCUUGACAGUUCAUCUCCCAUGGGUUAGAAUGACCCCACUGCCUCACUCUCUCCCCAUCCCACCCCAAGUUGACAUUUCUUCUUGGUUUCCAUCUCUAAAUAGUUUGGGUUUGGUGUUUCAGACAUUCUCCCAAAUAUAUUGAGCUACUGAAAGAAAAGAAGAAAUAAUUCUCUUGCAGAAAAAGCACAGGGAUUCUGUAUUCUAUGUGAAUUUUACAGAACAGUUGGCAUUUUCUGUCUACUAAAAUACUGUGCAAUAAGAUUUUGGGUAGGGAGAGGACUAAGUGCCUUACAUGUUGACAGCAUCUGUGUGACCUGUCUAGCCCUUUUAAACGACUCUCCCUACAUUGUAUUUCUAAAUCACCUCUGCUGAGAUGUCCUGUUCUGCAGCCUGAAAUUAUAAAGUAUUACAGCACUUUCCAGUAGGACAUUGCCUUGUUGGGGAAAGAAGCUUGUCUGACACAGAAAUCCAAGACGUUUUGGUGUCUGCUUGGGCUUCUACAAGCAGGAAAUAAGAAAUUAGCAGGAAAUUAAUUUAUCAAAGUUAUUUGUGUUUAUUUGGUGAUAGCCGGGGUUCACUUUGUAACAGCCCCUUUGCUUCCUUGAGGCCUAGCUUGAGAGGCCAGUUGCAGAGAUUGUGCUUGCAUUAUUUAAAUUCUUGGAAUCUGUGUUGGCAUUCUUCUUUCCUCUAUUUCUAGAACUUAUAUCACCAGCUGUAUCCAACUGCCCUCCCGCCUUAAAAAACCUCAAAGUGGACAUUUUUGUAUGUAGUGGGGUCAAUCUCUUUGUAAAAUACGUCCUCCAAUAGAGCAUUUUUUUCUGA